CUCAACCCCUGCAAGCCAUCAUGGCCAGCUCACCACCAUUCAUGCCACUCACCUCUGCACACAACCACUUAACUUUCUGGUCUUCUCAACUAGCAGGCUGAGGUAUAAUUCAGUCAAGCAAUCGAAUUUACUCCAUCUGCAGCAAGCAUGCAGACCGCAGACGCCUCCCUGGCUCGUCUCAAUCAGCGACUCACGACGUGCAGGCACCCGAAAGAAAACAUAUAUACCAUGAUGAUGUAGUCUGCUACUCCAUAACUUGCUCCCCUCGCCUGUUCCACAUGUUUUCAGUUCGAAACCCCACUCGACCCAUGAAGUCGACACCACGUAGGUAGAACGGAGCGUAAACACUACUUACGGAGUGCCUUUCCGAGAAAGCGAGCAUAAAAGGGGGGGGAGAGAGAAAAAUCUGUUGUGUCGUGGCCAAAUGCCACCAUGACACAUGUUCAACCGUUCGUAGCCGAGAAGGACCCUAUCUUAGAUAGCCCUACAGAAAUUCCUACAUGGACUACGGAAGGAGUGUACGGUAUGUAUAUGGUUGGGGGACAUGUGAGUUGUCCGAUUUCCACUUUUUAUCCAUUUUGUUUUGUUGUUCGUGUUCGACUCUGCUUUAUGCAAUGCCUGAAGCUACCGGUAACUUUACCGUGCGUUCGUGCAAAUCCUGGUUAUAAUCUUGUUUAUAGUAUGAGCAUGGGUUCAAGUAUAUUGCAUUCUCCCAAGUUUGCUGCCACGCUGUAAUUAUAUACCCAAGGCACACGAUCGGGAGUUUGCUUCGUCUCGUCCUGUUCCUUCUCGAGUUGUGACGACUCAUGCUUU